AUGAGGCUCCCGUCUUCUGCGCGUUUACUAGCGGCGCGUCAAACGCCAACUCCAGGCCACGCGACCUGCGACGGUCUGGCCACGGGCAGGAGGCUCUUGGGUCAGGGCCCAAGUGUCUCCGGCUUAUUUCUUCAAGGAUGGCACACUGGUGUUGGCCCAGCUUUCCCAUCGCAGCUGGGUGCUUUGCCGUGUGUCCUCGGAUCUGGACCCGCCACGCAGAGCCAGCGCCGUCGAUACGCUACCAUGGGAUCUAACUGGUCAUUCUCCAAGGUUCAGUAUACCAAGUACCGCAUUACGAAGCCGUGGACAACGGACACGAUGUUUGAUGACAUAAUUCUGUCUCAACCAUCAAAGGAUGACUUCGCCAAAUUUACAAAGGAAGCACCCCUCUUUCUUAGGUUUUUGAAGCUUGUCACCGAUGUCGAAGGACGCCAAGACGCGUUCAUUCAGUUUGCAAGGAGGUGUGAGAACGGCUUGACCGUGGAGAAGGAUGUGUACGUAACGAAGAAGGAGCUACUCGAGUGCCUCUGGAAAAAUGGAUACAGUGACACGGAGAUCAACGCUUUCGAGAUCGCCUUUCCUGGUGAUUACAAGUUUCACUACCCAGAGCUUGCCGUCCUUUUCGAGCUCUCUGAGGAGGACUGCUACAAGUACUGCCUGCGCCAACGCGCCGCGAAGCCCGAGGAGUUGGUGGAGCUCAAGUACAAAAAGCCAAAUAACCUGGUGUCCUCAUAUGGUCUCUGCUUCCUAGGCGUGUGGUUUGGCUUCUCCAACACCGUUCUGAGCAAUGCCUGGUUCUACUCGAAGACGUUUCCCUUCGGCGCUGUUUUCUACAUGCUAGGAUCCUACUUUUAUCGCGAUAUUCGCGAAAAGCUCUGGAAGGAAGAGAAGGCUCUGAUUCAUACUGCUCAAGAAAACAAGAACAUGGGUGAAGAGUCCGUCUACAAGCAGAUGAAACAGUAUGCCAAUGAUACAAAGUGCCUCGACUACCUCUCCAAGUUCCGUGGAGAGGUAGAGGAUCAGAUCGCAGCCUACAAAAAGGCACUGGUUUCCCAGAUGAGACGUCAACUUACAGAGCGUCUGGUUGAGAAGCUCAACGGCAUUCAGCAAGCGGAGAAGCUUAUCCAGGGCUCUCUGCAGGAGGUGAUGGUUCGCGAGAUUGUUGCAUCUUUCAGAGAUACGUAUGGCAGCCGACCGCAGCUUCAAGAGGAGGCGAUGCGAAGCGCUCUCCAAGGCUUGUCCGGCUCCGACAACGUGAUGGACCCUGUCGGGGCACAUUUCAAGGCCUCGCUGCAGGAGCUGGCAAAAGUGAAUCUGUCUACCACGGCGGCCAACCCUGCAGGAUCUGUCGUAGAGAGAGUGGCUGCUGUCUUUCAAAAGCGGGAAAAGGAGUUUUUAGAUUCCUUUACAGUCAAGGCCUCCGAAGCACAAGAGAUCCGACAGCUUGUUGGCAAGUGCCAAAAGGGAAAUGCGUUUGAUUUUCAUGCUUUGUCGGAGGAGGACUUGUGCAGGCUCGAGCAGCUCUAUUCAACAGUCAACAACAGAGUCGGUUUUGAAACUUUGCACGAGGACGCUAUCAAGCCGAUUGUUCCCAUGAGUGAAAACUCCAGAGGUUUCGUUGACUUCGUCAACACUCAACUGGAGAUUACCAAAGCGAAGCUGCGGAAUGCGCGUCUUACCGCUUUCGCUGGUGCUUUCGUCUGA